CCUUUGAGCUUUAAAUAGUGGUGUGCUCGGGGCUCGCGAGCACUUCAAAAGGGCCGGAGAUUUCUGAUCCAACACCAGGCCGUCGAGCUCAGGAGAGAGAAAGCUAGAGAGAGAGAGAGAGGGAGGUGAGACAAGGAAGAAGGGCUUAUCGUUUCAGGGUUUUAUCAGGAGGAAUUUGUGAAUAAUGGGUGCCGGUGGAAAUAUGACUGCACUCCGUGUGCGUAAAAUUGCUGAAGCCGACACUGUCAAGCGAGUUCCGUACACAAAGCCUCCGUUCAGCCUCGGCGAGGUCAAGAAAGCCAUCCCACCUCAUUGUUUUCAGCGCUCUGUCAUCCGCUCCUUCUCCUAUGUCUUUUAUGACCUCGCCAUUGUUUCCAUCCUUUACUACAUUGCUUCCACCUACAUCCAGAAUCUCUCUCAACCUCUCUCCUUCUUGGCAUGGCCUAUUUACUGGUAUGUUCAGGGCUGUGUUUGCACCGGUGUUUGGGUCAUAGCACAUGAGUGCGGGCACCAUGCUUUCAGUGAUUACCAGUGGCUGGAUGACACUGUUGGCUUGAUUCUCCACUCCUGCCUUCUUGUCCCAUACUUCUCAUGGAAGUAUAGCCAUCGCCGCCACCAUUCCAACACAGGUUCCCUUGAGCGGGAUGAAGUCUUUGUCCCCAAGCAAAAGUCUGCGAUAGGGUGGUGGGCAAAAUAUCUAAACAACCCACCAGGCAGAUUCCUCACACUCGCCGUCCAACUCACUCUAGGCUGGCCUCUGUAUCUUGCAUUCAACGUUUCUGGAAGGCCCUACAAAGGAUUUGCCUGCCACUAUCAUCCAUAUGGCCCAAUCUUCUCUGAUCGCGAACGAUUACAGAUAUUUGUGUCUGAUGCUGGUGUUCUUGCUGUCUUCUAUGGGCUUUACCGUCUUGCCGUUGCCAAGGGGCUUGCUUGGGUUAUAUGCUUCUACGGAGGUCCUCUAAUGGUGGUGAACGGAUAUUUGGUGUUAAUCACUUACUUGCAGCACACUCACCCUGCAUUGCCGCACUAUGAUUCCUCCGAAUGGGACUGGUUCAGGGGAGCUUUGGCCACCGUUGACAGAGACUACGGAAUCCUGAACAAGGUCUUCCACAACAUCACAGACACUCAUGUUGCUCACCAUUUGUUCUCAACCAUGCCGCACUAUCACGCAAUGGAGGCGACCAAGGUGAUCAAGCCGAUCUUGGGCGAGUACUAUCAGUUUGACGGGACUCCGGUUUACAAGGCAAUGUUUAGGGAGGUGAAGGAGUGUAUCUACGUCGAGCCUGACGAGGGUGACGAGAAAGGUGUCUUCUGGUACAAUAAUAAGCUUUGAUUUUGAAAGGUAUUCAAGUGAGAGUUUUAGGUUCGUGUAAUGGAUCUGGGGUUCCCUUAACUUAUGUUGAAGAUGUCCUGGUUGUUUGGUACAAGAAUAAUCUUAUAUCAAUAUAAGUGAUUUUUC